CCAGCUUGGAAAAGAUUAGUAAUGAUACGAUACUAAUAUAUUCUGACAUAUGUACUGACUGAUGACUAAUAGUGCCUUGAAUAUACAACUUAUCAAAUUGAUUGCAGUUGAUUGUAAUUCCUUUAACCAUAUUGAUGUCAAUGAUUGACAUGACAGUUUCUCUGAAGAUAGAGUGACAAACAACUCAAAUAUUGAACAAACUAUUUUUUUCUAAAAAAGAAACCAUUUCAUUGUUUAAGACGUUAAUUACAUUAGUUUUGUCACAACGGGGGCCGAACAAUCAGUCAUGUCCGUCUCUCAGAUGGAAAAGAACUUAUUUAAUCUUAAGUUCGCUGUAAAAGAACUGGAAAGAAACUCAAAGAAAUGUGACAAAGAAGAAAAAGUAGAAAAAGCUAAAAUAAAAAAGGCUAUUCAAAAGGGAAAUAUGGAAGGUGCCCGUAUUCAUGCAGAAAAUGCAAUUCGUCAACAUAAUCAAUCAUUAAAUUAUCUCCGUAUGAGUGCAAGAGUUGAUGCAGUAGCUAGUAGAGUACAAACUGCUUUGACUACGCGUAAAGUUACUCAGUCAAUGGCAGGGGUGGUUAAAGCAAUGGAUGCUGCAAUGAAGUCAAUGAAUUUGGAAAAAAUUUCAGGUUUAAUGGAUAAGUUUGAAAGUCAAUUUGAAGAUCUAGAUGUUCAAAGUUCAUACAUGGAAAAUGCAAUGUCCCAAACUACAACCACUAAUGUUCCACAAAAUGAUGUUGAAUCAUUAUUACAACAAGUUGCAGAUGAAGCUGGUUUGGAACUGAAUAUGGAAUUGCCAUCUGGACAGACAGGUAGUAUAGGUACCACUACUGUCAGUCAGGAACAAGAUGAACUCACACAGCGAUUAGCAAGGCUUCGGGAAUAGUAAUAUAUAAAUAAAAUUAUUAAUUGCACAGAUAUAUAAAUAAAAUAAAUAAUGAAAGCUUGUCCAGUAUAAUUAGCAAUAUACUCAGUAAAUAAGGCAACCAAAUGUUACCUAACAUAUAUUUGGUUACUUUUGAAAUUAAAUAUGUUUCUUUCAAUUUGCAAGGACUAUUUUCAAACAAAAGCCUCUUGGAACAAUUAAAAAUAUUAAAUAUUUUAUAAUAUUAAUGCUUACACUUACAUGAUUCAACAAGAAUCAAAAUAUUAAAACCAUAACUAAACAUGCCUAACUAUAGUAAUAAUAAUAUGUGUGCACAAUAUGAUAAAUAUAUAUAUUUAGAUAAUGUA